AUGAGUUUGCCUUUCUCUGAUCAUUCUUUUGAGUUUCAAGGACGUCAGAUUCAUUUUUCCAUUACAAAUCACGCUGAUCAGGAUUUUGUGGCAUUCAAUAGUACUGGUCGAAUCGGUCUUGUGGUCGAGGUUAUCCAGCCUCCGGAAAUUCUGAGUCAAGCCUUAGCGUCUCAGGAAAGAGUCGAAUACGAGCUUAAAUAUCUUCUUGGAAGCACUGAUAUUCCUGGAAUCGAGUUAUUCAUUCGCCGACUCGUGAUUCAUUUCGCAAAACACAACAGUCGCAGAAAGCUUUUGAUUGCUAGAUAUUAUUCAAACGAUCAAAAAAAGAAGAAAUCAGUGUUCCUUCCGAAAUCCGACUUUGUGAAUCAUAUCAAAUCCACCGAACGCGCUCUCUCUGAUCAGACAGCGGCCAUUAAUGGCGGACUCGACAAUCUAUAUUCAUGGCAGAUAUCCCAAACCUCUCGACCCGAUUUCGAGAUUCUCGAUGGUCCUCCGUAUGCAAAUGGAGAAGCUCACACCGGUCAUGCAAUCAAUAAAAUUCUCAAAGACUUUGUCGUGAAAAGUCGAGUUGGACUCGGUUUUCGUGUCAAAUUCCGACCGGGUUGGGAUUGUCAUGGUUUGCCGAUUGAGCUGAAAAUCAAUAAAAAUGUCAAGGUAUCCAAUGCAAAAACACCGAUUGAGAUUCGAACAGCAGCAAGGGAGGUGGCAGCCGAUGCAAUAGGAAAGCAAAUGAACGCAUUUAGACGAUGGGGAGUCUCUGCAGAUUGGUCGAACCCAUAUUUAACGAAAAGUCGUGGAUAUGUCGCUGCACAAUUGCGCGUUUUCGGAAGACUUGUUCAAAAUCGACUAGUUUAUCGAGCAUUCAAACCCGUUUAUUGGUCCCCGAGUUCUGCGACAGCCCUUGCCGAGUCCGAAUUGGAGUACAAUGAGAAGCAUCAAAGCACGAGCGCCUAUUUUCGAUUCAAAUUGGACAAAAUUGAUUUGACUUGCAUUGAAUGGUUGGAAAUACCGCAGGAUUCCUUCGAAAUAUUCGCCUUAGCGUGGACAACAACUCCGUGGACUCUUCCUUUGAAUAAUGCGAUAUGUGUGUCGAAAAAUAUCAAAUAUUCCAUUGUUCAGUUUGUUGGAGAAUCAAAAAAUUCAUACUACAUUAUUUCUGAAAAAUUGCUAUCGGAAUUCGAAAAAACCACCGAAAGAUGUUGUCGAAUUGUAGGAGAAAUCUCGGGAAAUGAAUUGAUUGGUAAACGAUACCAUAGUUGCUGGGAUUCGGAAGAACUUCUUCCGAUUCUUGAAGGUGAACAUGUGACAGAUGCAAUUGGAACUGGCUUGGUGCAUACCUCUUUUGCUCACGGAUUUCAAGAUUAUGAUGUAGCUUUGGCUCGCGGUGUUAAUGUUGAAAGCUUUGUAAAUUCAUCUGGCUGCUAUUCAAAUCAAAUGGGUCCAUUGAGUGGAAAAUUUGUGCUCGGCGAAGGUCAAAAAGAGGCGUUGAAAGUUCUUGAGAAAGAUGUGAUUCAUACUUCAAAAUUCGUGCAUUCGUAUCCAUACGAUUGGAGAACAAAAAAGCCAGUGAUUAUUCGGAGUAGUGAACAGUGGUUCAUUAAUAUCGGCGAUGUCGGACAUACUGCUUCGGAGAUGAUUGAUCAGAUCAAUGUUUCUGCGGGAGACACUGAUCUUCGCGGUUCACUAAAGAAUUUGGUAUCGACGAGAAAAGCAUGGUGUAUUUCACGCCAACGAGUUUGGGGCACACCGAUUCCGGCUCUUAUUGACUCGGAAGGAAACUCAUACACGUCGAGGGAAUUCAUUGAACACGUUGCUGAUUUGAUUGAAAACAAUGGUCCAGAUAUUUGGUGGAAUGCGACUGUUGAUGAGCUACUUACUCCGAACAUAACAUCGACCCUGAAUAUUCCAAGACAUACCAAACUAUCGAAAAACACGGAUAUUAUGGAUGUUUGGUUGGAUAGUGGACUAGCUUGGGCAGCUGCAAGGAAUCCAGAAGACGUGGGAAGACCGGCAGAUGUGGUAUUGGAAGGCGUCGAUCAGUUCAGGGGAUGGUUUCAAUCGCUUCUUCUUACUUCUGUUGCCGUACAGAAUAAAUUGCCAUACAAACGAAUAAUUGUUCAUGGAUUCUGUGUGGACGAGAAUAACAACAAAAUGUCAAAAUCGAUCGGGAAUGUUGUUGAUCCUAUUAUGCUUACGGAUGGAUCAUUGAAGCAAAAAGCAAUCGGAGCCGAUGGUCUUCGAUUCUGGGUUGCUCUUUCGGGAUCGGAAAAUGUGGGAGAAUCGAAAAUCGGGAAGACAACAAUUGAAAACAUUGACAAGAAAAUCGUGGCGAUUCGGAAUGGAUUUCGAUUUAUGAUUGGUGGAAGCAGCGGUUUCCAAUCCGCGCGAAUUCCGACUAAUCUAAGAAUAUUGGAUCAGGAAAUGCUAAGAAGUUGCGAUGAGUUUGUGAAUCGAUCAGUUCAAAACUACGAAGAAUUCAAAUUCCGCACAGUUGCAAAUGAUUUGGUUCAAUUCGUUCAAAGAAACUUCAGCGCCAAUUAUGUGAAAUAUGUCCGUGAUCGAUUGUAUUGCGACAAAAUUGGAAGUGAAUCUCAUUUAUCUGCCCAAUACACCUUAAACACACUCGCACACAAUCUAGCACAUGUUAUAUCUCCAAUUCUACCUCAUCUCUCCGCAGAAGUUCUGCAUUAUUUGCCAGGAGAACACGAAAAGAAGAUUCUACGAUUAAAAUUCUCUGAAUUAAAAUCAGGCAUCAAUUUUGAUCCAUUCCUCAGCGAAUAUAUUUCCACAGUCUCGGAUGUAAGGAAAUUGAUUGAUAUCAAAGCUGGACCAUCUGUUGAUACGUCUAAAAAGGCAGCUCUAAUAAGCUUACCCACGCCUUCGUAUGACUUACUCAAUGAUCUGCACGCGAACAAUGAGCUUCUUGAACUUCUCAAUGUUUCUCAAGUUGAUCUUAGCUCCGGCUCUUCUGAAGUUCAAGUAGAAAUUGCCGAAAGUGAAUUGAAAUACUGCGAAAGAUGUCGGAAGCAUACAAGAAAGGAAAAUGAAACGCAUUGCGAUCGAUGUGCAUUUGCUUUAAGUUAG